AUGUCUCGGCGAGCAUUGAAUCUGGUCCUUGAUUUUGACGGUACUAUUACGACAAAGGACACAAUCGACACAAUUGCGGAGAUCGGCCUCAACUUCCAGAAGAAGCGCGGGUCCGAUUUAUCAGCAGCUUGGCAGCAGAUCCUCAAGGACUAUGGAAAAGACCACGCUGAUCAUGUCGCGGGCUACAAGCCACCGGCGAAUAGCCGACUUGCUCUUUCCGACGAGCUCGCCUACUUACGCGGCCUAAAGGAGGUCGAGCUGCGUUCUGUGCGGCGUGUCGAGGACUCUGGCAUCUUCCAGGGCAUUAGCAGAGAUGAUCUUCUAAAGGCCGGAAAUGCUGCCCGGGAAGAAGGUAGAGUGAAGCUCAGAGACGGCUUCGUGGAGCUCAUGAGCACAGCUAGGCAAAACGGGUGGUGUGUCUCAGUGGUGUCUGUCAAUUGGUCGAGAUCCUUUAUUCAGGGCGUCCUCUCUGCCUACGGAUUUGAUGUCGUCGCUAAUGAACUCGAGAUGGACGGCUCGCUUUCUGGUCCGGAUGUCCUGGGUCCGCCCAGUCGAGACACCAUCUUGACGACUUGCGAGGACAAGCUACGGGCUCUUCGGGCCUUGGCGGUUCGUCAAGGAGCCGACAGUGCCGAGGGACUCGUGUACUUUGGAGACUCAACCUCUGAUUUGGAGUGCUUGCUGGUGGCACGAGGUGUUGUGGUAUCCACGAAUACAGAGUCUAGUCUGAUUAAGACUCUGUCAAGGGUGGGAUGCGACGUGCGCAGAGCCCUAGGUCACCCCGGGUCAAGCAAACUGGUGUGGGCGUCUACCUUUUCUGAGGUAUUACAGAGCGGCUUUCUCUGA